AUGCUGAAGCUCGGCUUGAAGUCGCACGAAGGAGCAAAGACGAACGGCGGCAACGGAGAUGUGAGACGCAAGAGAGACAUGAGACGCAGCACGGCAGCAGAUCGCGGACGCAGCAAAUGCCAGACGAGAGAGAACAGAGAAGGAGAGGCAAGUAUAUCAUGUUCGCUGCCAGAGAAUGGUGUUUCCAAUUCAUAUUCCCUCUUCUCAGAAAAGGCAGUUGAUGAACUUCUUCAAUCUCCAGUUCAGGGAUCUGAUGAUCACCUUGUAGAGCUCUCAGAAGUCUUGAGAACUGUUGCAAAGGCCUUAAGGCGUGCUGCUGAAGGAAAGGCUUCUGUUCAAGCUGAGGCAGCUGAAUGGAAGCGUAAAUAUGAUCUGGAGAGAGCACGAAAUCUGCAAAUGGAGUGCAAAGAGCAUGGUAGUGAUGAUGUUGAUGAUGCAAGAAUGGGGAACUUGGUUAACCAACCAGUGUGGUGUAGUGAAGCAAAUGAGCAACUUGAAAAGUGAUACGGGAGGAAUGAACUUUGCUCGCAUGAAGUUCUUCGUGAUGGGGAAACUGAUUUUGAUUCCAAGAUGGUCAGAAAGGUAUAAGUUUCUCAGUACUCCCACAGCUAAUGACUCCUGGCUUUUUAUAAUAUACUGUUUGUUUUUUAAUGCAUCAUUUUAUUCUGAUAUCUAUUAGUCCAGUUAUUAAUAAUUACUAGUUCUCAAUGUGCCUUAAGCUCUGCAGACUCUUUAGAGAAUGUUUAACCUAA